GAAUACAGACGGUUCCCUGUGGCGGUGAUGUUUGCUCAGAUGUGGAUAACAACAAAAUGCAGGCGCUAUUGACGGACCAUGAGACUGCUGACUAUGAUCAGUCAAAACCACUGAAAUCCCACAUACAGCAUGGGCACACUGUACUACAAGCAUAAACACCUGUUUGUGAUGACUGCAUUUUUUCCAGCCUGUCAUACAACCUAUCAUAUUUGGACAGCGACAAAGGUGAUGCACUCAACAGAUUUGAACCCAUAUGUGACUUGCAAGAUUGGUAGACAAAAAUCUUACAAAGCUGUGAGACAAUAAAGAUCAAGGAGAAAACGUGUCAGAAGAAUAUGGAAGAACAGGGACAGCACUGUGAGGAUGAUUUCGAUGAAGAGGAUGUGGCUUCGGUUGAAGUAACAGUUCCAUCGUUUGAUGAAACUGAGUCUAGUCUGUCAUCUAGCGAUGAUGACCAUAUGGACAAAAAGUAUCUUCACAGUUUGAAAACUGGUCAAAGAACACAAGCAAAGAAAUUCAAGAGCCUUGUUGCAGUCAGAGAUUUUAAAUCUCACAGCAAAUUAAAGGGGCACAAGAUUACCCAGGGUACUUGCAUUACUAAAAGCACAAGUCAGACGGAUUCUGCAGGUCAAAGUACCUCUUGUGAGAAAUCGAAUUUCCAUCCUAAACCAAGGACUUUUAGUGAGAAUGGAUCUUCUAGUGAUGAAGCUGAGCGAUCAUCGCCCAAUGAUGACUGCAGUCUUGUUUGUCAUGUUUGUGCCAAGGUUUUUGCUUGUCAGAAAAACUUUGAUGAACACCAGAGGAUAUGUGCGACCAGAAGUAAACAAAAAGAAGAGGCAAAUCCACAGAGUUCCACAAGCUCAGCUCUUCACACUGAACCUCAAUCUGUUGAUUUUAUCACUAGGUCUUUGGGUCCUUACCUUUGUUGUUUCUGCGGGCAAGACUUUGACAGCUAUGAAGACUGUAUAAUACAUGAAGAGGAUAAAUGCAUAGCUUCAGACCAGCAUUCAAAGGACAAAUCUAAGACAUAUAAAAGGAAUCAAGACAUUAAAAUUGCAUCCAGUGAAAUAAGUCAGAGCCAAAAAAAACUGGAAAGUACAUGUGAAUCAACCGGGACGUGUCCAGAACGUGACCAGGUUUUUGCUCAUCACACAAGUUAUGAGGACCACCAAAAAACCUGUUCAGAAGCAGCUUCCCAAAGGAAAAAGACCAACAAGACUAAGUAUGUAAUUGUUAAUGGUUGUGACUUAUUUUCACUUGACAAGACCAAUGAGAGCCAUGCUGACAAAAGUUCUAUAACAACUCCAACCACUUCAGACAAUGUCGAGCUCUCUAAGGAUAAAAGCCAAACCUUUCAGUGUGGCAUGUGUGAGAAGAACUUCUCAACAAUUCUGGACUUGCAACAGCAUUACUCUGAUUCACAUGAUAUCAGAACCCCCUAUCCCUGUACUCUGUGUAAGACAACUUUUGUGAGAUUGUGUGAAUUGGUUCGACACCAGCAAAACAAAAAGUUGUACUUGUGCCCUACCUGUAAGAAAGGUUUUCGACAGCUAGGAGACUUGAAAAACCACGAGAAGGCUCACGGAGAAACAAUCCCUUUUAUCUGCGACACAUGCGGGAAAAACUUCAGAUUUCGCGCUCAUUUGAUUUUGCACCAGAAAAAGCACAGAGAACGGGCCCCCAAUAUUUGUUCACACUGUGGAAAACAGUUUAGUUCAAUAACUGGCCUGAAAGCCCACAUGGUAAGGCACACGGAUGGUUUCCCUUGCCCUGUGUGCGGCAAAAUAUUCUAUAAAAAAACAGUCCUGAACUAUCAUCUGUAUAAACACACAGGGCAGGAGCCUUACCUCUGUGACAAGUGUGGGAAAGGCUGGCCCACUCCAGCUCAGCUCAAAAUUCACAUUGUUACACACAGAGAGGAUCGGCCGUUUAAGUGUGAAGACUGUGGUGUGACUUACAAGCGGGAGUCCCACUUGGUCUCUCACCAGAGAUCCAGACAUGGCAGCUCAAGGCCGUUUGUGUGCGAGGUUUGCAGCAUGGCUUUUAGGAUAAACAGUGAAUUGAAAAAACAUAUUUCGAGCCACUCGAGGGAACGACCCUUCUCGUGUCGAAUUUGUGGAAAAACGUUUAAGAGGAAGGUUCAUUUAAAGAAACACAGAGAAAAGCCAUGUCUGUAGGCACAUGUAUUCCUUAAACUAUUAAAAAUUGAAUUAUUCAUAUGCUACCUGUAUUUUGGAGCUUGUUCUUUCAGCCAACUGUAUUUUAUUAUGUAUGGUGGUGUAAGUCAUUGAGCUGCUGAUGUGAAAAGAGCGCUUUUUUAAUCUCAUAUUGGGAAUGAUUGUCAUUUGUAGAGACUAUAAUUGGU